GGCGGGGGCGGCGGGUUGGAGCGGUGAACGGUGGCUGCGCGCCCCGCUGUGCUCCCGGGCACUUGCCCUGCUCCCGCGCGCUCCUAGGCAUCGGUUGUGUGGCUCACACUCGGUAGCCGGGAUUCCCCACGUCUCUGGGGACGCACGCGCGCGGACCAGGUCCCCGAGGGACGCUGCACUUGGGGCCCGCCGCUCAACUGGCUGGAGAUCUAAGGGGACAGAAAACGUUCAACCUGGAUUUUCAAAUCACUGCACAUUAACAAUAAAACCACAAGUCGCAGAAUGUAACUGGACGAAAUCCUUCUAAAAAAAAAAAAAGUAGCGUCAAGCCACAGAGGAAAGAAAGCCUGUCGUUUUGAAAUGCUGCUCUAAACCAAGCUGUUCUUGUAGGAAAUUACAGCUGGAAAAUUUUGUUUGGCUCUUAAUAUACCUGAAUGAAAGGCACUGUCAACUUGUUUCUCAUAAAGACUGGAAAUUAUCUGAGAUUAUCUGUUAUCUUGACAUGACCACCAGAGAAGGGCACGCGGAAGAGUAGUUGAAGGACGCUGGUCACGAUGACUUCCGAAGAAAUGGCCGCUUCCGUCCUCAUCCCUGUGACUCAGAGGAAUGUGGCUUCUGCACAGUCAGUGGCCGAGGAGAGGAGUGAAGAGGUCUCAGAGGCUGAUAGUCCCAAGGCUCGCGCUGCCAGGCAUGGCGGGCUGACCCCUCAUACCAUCUCACAGUGGAACAGACCUAAGGAAGAGUCUUCCAGACCUGGUCUGGCCAAGGUCCUCUCAAUAGCAAGGGGGGACAUAGUGAGUGACGAAAACCACAAUGAAAAGUGCUGGGAGAGAAGUGUGCCGGAUUCGGUGAAAAACCAUAUGGUUAAUUGCAACAGCUUGUUGCAGAGCCACCGGCACGACCUUCCUCAGAGCCAGCUUUGUGAAGCCUGUGACUCUGUCACAGAGGAAGACCUGUGUUUGCAAACUGGAAUUCCUUCUCCACUGGAAAGGAAGGUGUUCCCUGGAAUUCAACUGGAAAUGGAGGACUCUCCCAUGGAUGUGAGCCCUUCGGGAAAUCAACCCGGGAUCACAGAGUCCUCCGGACCUCACCCUGACAACAACAUGACGGUGUUCCGUUUCCGCUAUGAAGCUGAUGGACCAAUGUCGGAUGCUUUACAUACCCUGUCAGAAAAAUUAAUUUUGGAUGACUAUGCAGAUUUUGUUACUGUCCCUGGGGGGCAGCAAAAGAAAAAUUACACGGCGUAUACUUGUAAACUGGUGGAAUUGACAAAAAGCUGUGGUAAUAAGAACGGGCAGGUGCAGUGUGAUCAUUGCAACUCGCUGCACGAUAAAUACCUUUGCUUUGAAAGCUCCUGCCGGAAGGCCGACGUGGUCUGCUCAGGAGGUGGCUUUUGUGAGGAGGGUUUCACUCAUAGUCCUCCUGCCAAGACUUUCCCGAACCCUUUGGAGGAUCUCUCCGAUAAUUGUGAAGAGGUAGAUGAUUUUUUUAAAAGCAAAAAGGAACGGUCCACUUUGUUAGUCAGAAGGUUUUGUAAAAAUGACAAGGAAGUGAAGAAGUCCGUGUAUACUGGAACAAGAGCCAUCGUGAGAACCCUGCCUUCUGGUCAUAUUGGGCUGGCUGCUUGGAAUUAUGUCGAUCAAAAGAGAGCUGGUCUUUUAUGGCCUUGUGGGAAUGUAACGGAACCUCUGUCAAUGAUCAACAUUGGGAGCCAACAUCUGUCUGAAGCCCAGUGGUGUCUGGUAAGAGUCUGA